AGCUUCUGUGAGUGUGCAAAGUAGCAGUGGCGUCAUUGACGCGCCAAAAUUUGCCAGCAAACAGCGCCACCACCCUCUUGCCAAGACUCAGUGACGCCAAAAAUCCGUCAACCAAAAAGUAAAAAUAACAGGAAAUGCAAUAACAAAUAAUAUGUGCGGAUGCGUAUGUAUGUAUUUGUAUCUUCUACAAAAACUAACAUUCGAAGAAACAACCACACACUCGUAAAAACAUACAUACACAUAUAAAUCCAUACAUACACAUUUAUUUAUUGGCGCAUAUCCUGGCGCGCUAACUGGUUGACUAACUUGGUUGCUGGGUGCCUAGCAACGCGCCACGCCAAACUUCGCAACGCCACCACCCAACUGAUUGUUUACUAUUUUUCCGCAUUAUUGUUUUUGUAUUUAAACUUUUUCUAAGCUCACUACUCGUAUGCUAUGGCACGCUGCACGGUGUAUAGUUAUAGAUGUAUGUAUGUCAGUGUGUAUGUAUGUGUGUGUGCGUGGUAAAAGGCAUGAUAUAAAAUUUGCAAGGAUAUCAAAAUGGUUCAUCCUUCCGCGCUUAUAUGUGGCUAGCUACCAUUUUUACUUGUUUUUAUUAUUUUUGCACAGUCGCGCCAGUGUCGCCACUUUGGCGCCAAUGCUUUGAUGGCCAUUUAUUCGCUUUUCGUUUACAUGCAUAUGUAGGUAUUUUAUGUUCAGGGGGAGCUGCUUUACGGCGUGGAAAACACAUUGAAAAUUAUGUAUAUUGUUGAAGUUGCUUGCAGCUAUUGAGCUGUGGAUGCUGUGUGUUUGCUUGAGGCGGCUGGCCCAGUGUUGUUGCGGCCGUAAGUCGCCACUGUUGUAUAGAUUGGGAAAUGCUUAAUUCAGUUGUCAGCUCAAAUGGUGCAGUUCCAAUAUGAUUUCGAGUUCAGUGUCGCUUUAUGCGCGUCAUGUAACGGUCGUUUGUUUGCGAAAAAAGAAAUUAAAUACAGUUUUGUUUUUAAAACGAAAAAAAUAAAAGGUUCUUGAACUCAAUCGUAUCCGAUCUGGUGAAAAUGGAAAUGGUGAAAAUACUAUCCACUCGUAUUGUGUUUCUUUUUAAUAAUAAAAAUUAUUCACAUAUCACGCGUAAAUAUGCAAAUGUACUUAUGUGCAAGACAAAGUGACUAUUUGAUAGUGAAAAUGUGAGAUUAAAAAAUAUUCCUUUUAUUGCUGAAGGAAAUAAUUUUAAAUGCUGUACAUCUGAAAUUAAAACCAACUGAAUGCCAUUUUUGAAUAUGCAUUUCUGCCUUUAACAAUGUAAUUUUAAUGCUAUCAAACGACAUAGCGCGCGUUUUUAAUUCAAUUUGAGCCUGCAGAGUUCCUUAUGAUGGUGACCUUCUAUUAUUACUUUAAAAUUUUAAUUCAAAAUAAUUCCAGUAAAUAAAGAAAGUUAAAAAUCGAGUAAAUUACAAAUUAACUCUAAAAUAUUUGUUCCCUCGGAAUUUAGUUUUCGCACCUGCAUUUGUUUAGAUUCAAUGGAUUAUCCACACAGCCACCAGCAUACAACAUUCACUUGUUAAUGUUAUGUUAACAGAAUGUGAGCAAUCACUCUUUGUAACAACAGAGGACUUUUAACAUUCCAUUAACAUGCUCUGGUACAAUGUCGCCUACAAAGUACAGAAUGCAAAGGUGGCGCACACCUCGCACCGCUAUUCGUGAAUUUGACAGAAUCGCUGUGUGUGUGACGUCACACGAGUGCAAUUUAUUUGUGUGUUGUUUGUUCUCCUUGCAUUUUUCUUCGAAAUUCACGUUUCUCUCAUGCAACUGCACCAACUUGAUGGUACGCCUCUCUGAUAUCAGAAAACUGUUUCAAAACUUCUGUGAAAAAAUAUAAAGUAUCACCAAAACUUUGUCAAGUCUUCCUUGAACUAGCAAGUCUACCCUUUUUCAAGGCAGAACAUUCAUUAAGUUAAAUACUAGAAUACUAUUUUUAGCCAACCUAUAUUUUAGUCUGGUCAUACUAUUGAUAUUUUAAAGUGGAAGAAAAGUGAUUGAGAUAUCGUCCAUGUAUUUAUGUAUAAAACACAUGGCCUGAAAGUCCCGGGCCUAUAAAAUAAAAUACGUUUUUUUUUUGUUGAGAGCUGGCUUUAUUCAUCAGUGCAAUUUCCAUCAAAAACAACGCAAUCAUUCCAGCGCCGCUCUAACAUUUUAAUACCGUUUUUUGUAGACGAUUUAUUCUUUCCCUCAAAAAUAGGCCUCAGUUUCAGCGAUAACCUCUUCAGUCGAGCGAAAUUUCUUACCGGCGAGCAUUUUUUAGGUUUGUAGACAGCCAGUAGUCGCUGGGAGGCAAAUAUGGCGAAUACGGUGGAUGUGGGAGCAAUUCGAAAUUCAAUUAAUGUAGCAUUGACAUUAAGUGAGCAAACGCGGCAUCCACUUUGAACAGAAAUUUAUCAUAGUUAAGUGCUUAUGCAAUAUAAAGCCAACACGCUUUUUUGAUAUUUUUACGAUGUCAGUUAACUCACGCAACUUCACUUUUCGAGUUUGGGGAUUUUUUGAUGUUUUUGUGUGUCACCGUCUCAUUUGGAUGUCCACUGUGUUGUGCAUCAUCGGAUAAUCGGUGUUGUUGUUGUUGUUGUUGUAGCUGCAUAAACAUUCCCCAUACUUACAUACGGGUCGGGGUAACGGGUCGCUUCGGUAACGUAGAACCGGCUGUCAUGGAAACGGGAUCAUCGGUGUCUUUACAAUCACUUUUCAAGUCAGCAACCCCUCGUUUUAUUGUUGUUUCUGAUGGAGUGGAGUCCCCGUAACACUUUUUAAGCCAGUGCUUUCCUUGAACGGUAUUUUUCCUCAUCAAGAAACAGUACAAAAUUAAAACACGAAAUUCUUUUUGGUUCAUUGUUUUGAAAAUAGCAAAAGUUGAGUCACUCACGAACAAAUGCAUAGAACACCACGAAAUGUUAACAGCUGCCUUUUUAGGUUAGUACUAACUGAAAAAGCGGAUGAAUGCAAUAAAACUAGUGCCAUUUUUCUUAGGUAUGGGAUUUUUUAGCCCGUUUGUUAUGUAAUAUGUUAUGUAUUACAUAGAGCCAUUUUUUCAAAGCCUUCUUAAACGUUUCAUCAGAACAUAGUUUGCAGUUGGCGACAAAAGUGAUCUCUAAAUGUUUGGUUAGCAAAUAUCUGUCAGUUAACUUCUCUUGAAGUUGACCGAAAGACAAGCUGCCGGUUAGCUGCUAACCAAAACGAAAACUGUCAGCUGGUAUUAUUUUAAUUUUUUUAUUUUUUAUUUUACAGAUAUUAAGGCAUAUUUAGAAGAAGGUGUAGAUGUGGGCUUAGACGAUUGGGUACCCAAGUUCUUGUUAAUAUCUUCCAUUUAUUCAAUAGCAAUUUACUAAAACUAAACAAACAAAACAGGCAUACCUAGUGCACGCAAACGACAUGCAAAUCGGUACGCAAUAUGCAUAUAAAAUAUUUCUAUAUUAAACAAAACUUAAUUAAUUGGAAUUUCCAUGCCUUCCUAUGGGGUUUUUUGAAUUCCUAGAAUAUAUAUACACAAUGAUUGAGCUAACCCGACUUCACAUAACCAGAGCUUGGUGAAAAUGAAAUUUCAUUUCAAACCAUCUUACGCGUGUAAAUCAACAGAAAUAUCAUAAAUUUCAGUCUGACAUCAAAAUUAUUCUGUACUUUAUUUAAAAGCAAAGCUAUCAAGAAGCUAUUGAAAUAACCGUUUCAUUAUAAAAGACAAAUAACGCAAGCAUAACACAAAGAUUAAUUAAUACUUCACAAUUACAAUGGCUUGCGCAAACCUCUAUUUUCCCGCAACAUUUUUGCUUAGCAACAUGCUGCGGAUCUGCACAAAACAAACACACCACCUGGCAUAACAAUGCACACUCUCGUGCUCAGCUGUUACACACACACUCUCUCUCGCUACACACGUGUUUGUUAUUUUGCGCUCUUUCUCACCAUUUAACUUCUCACAACUCGUUUUUCUCGCAACAUUGGCGAUCAUGUGAGUUUUUAGAAGCGACUUUUGUUUAGUUUGAAAAGUAAGUUGUGAAUAUUUGGUUGAGUUAUAGCGCGCAAAUGCAUCCAAUAAGCAUUCGCUGAAAUAAUAAAACGCCGAAUUAGAUCGUAUCAAAUAACGCGUGUUUAGACGAAACAAAACGCGUAAACAAAAACAAAUUUUUGUAAGUAAAGUAAAGCGUCAAAUUCGAAAGAGAUAACACAACAAACCUAUUGUUGCCCGCUUCUGCAUAAAGUGUUUAUUCAACUGAUUAUUAAAAAAAUAAAAUGAAAUACCUACAAUAAGUGAAAUUAAAAAAAUAAAUACUUGGUGAUUGUCGAGCAGAAAAGCUGUCAGUUGAAUGUUGAGUGGAAGGCUCUCAAUUAAAAUUGUAAAAUUGUGUGAAUCUGAUUGCAAGCAGUGCAUAUAAAAUAUAUGAGAAACAAAUUAUUGAAACCUAAAACAAAUAAUGUGUUUAUUAUGUUAUUUUGUUUUUGUUUUUGUUUCCAUUUCAUCCACUCUUCUGUUUUUGUUUUCGUUCUUAACGCUUUUGCUUUGCUUGGACCUUCGCCAAUUUAACGGAAUCAUUUUGGUAGCUACAAUUGGUGAUAUUUUUUAUGCGACUCACGCCAGCAAUAAUGAAGUGUGGGCCAAGACAGAGUUGGUCAGUGAGCUAAAAAUACAGAAAUACAAAAAUAAUAAAAAGUGAGAAAAAGGUUUUAAUCUUACAUUCAUUUAGUGGCCACAAAACGAGUUAAGAAUUCUGAAAGCGAAAAAUGGCAAUUUUUUUUUACAUUAAUGUGCUUGUUUGUUGUUGCCUUUAAAGGUUUACAAAAUACAAUUAAUUUAAACAUUUUCAAAUAAUGAAUAAAAUAAAAUAAAACGUAUGCAAAUAGUGAUUUUUUAAAGCACACAAAUAUGUGUGUCUGAACAUAAAAGUUUCAUUUAAUACAUAUAAUAGGCGCGUCUACAACAACAACAGUGGCGCAAUACGCUCAUCAAUGCUCUAUUGCCGACAAUGGCUAAAUAAAUAUUGUCGGGUGCGCAUAGAGUGAACGACAUUUUGAUUGCUGCGCCUCGUUUGCCGUCACUGCAGCAUAAAAAACAUAAAAAUUAAAAAAAAAUUAAAAAUCAGUAAAAAAUGUAAAAAAAUGUGAAAAAAUAUGCAAAUACUGCUGAUUUUCAUGUUGUUUAAUGGAGCAUCAAAAUAGCAUACAAGCGCAGUAAGUGACUUUGCACCAGACGGAGAAACAGUAGCAAAAAAGACAAACAGCUACAACAAAACAGUUUACAAAAACAACAUGUCAAUUGGUGUCGCGAAAAUCAAUGAACCACAAUGCGCAACUUGCAUGUUGCACAUUGUCGCCGCUACGUGUAUUUGCAAUUAAUCAUCAUUUAAAGCCGUAAAACUGAAGCUGCAAAAGAAAAUUGAAAAACUUAAAUCGACUAAAAGGUCAAAAGAAAGAAAAUGUGACAGUGGUAAUUACGAAUACUACGGCGACUUCGACGACGACAACAACGACAAUUGCGUCAAUUGUGGCGGCGACGUGACGCAUUUGAUCGAUUCAAAAAAGUGCAAAAUUGUUAGUGGCGGCAUGUCCGCCACAACUCGUCCUCCCCUCUCUCCAGCAACUACACCGCUUUACGAUGGUUACGCGACCAUACGUUCGCGUGGUCUCUAUCGUUCUCGUUCCAUACGCGCCGCCGAAUUGGAAGCAGAACUCAAUGGCACUAACACGAAUGCCAGCAAUAGUGCCACUGAUAUGCGACGCCCAGCCUUGGUGGAACGGCGUCGUACACUUUCACUGAAAAGCGAUUACAGCCAGUGUUCUUGCUGUUCGGGCAACAGCGGAAUUUGUCAGAAUGCUCAACGUUUAGGUAGAGCCAAUAGCACUACCAGCGGCACGCUAAGCGCAACCACACCGAGUGUUGCAGAGGAAAUAUAUGCAAGUCGGCCUGUGGCGAAAGCCGUGAAGGCACCAAAAAUUGGCGAUAUGGAACCGCUCUACGCCAGCACACAUACACGCGCCGCUGGCUUUCGUCCCCUCUCAAAUGCGUCUUCCUCAUCUGGUGGUGGCGGCAGUAAUGGUGGUGGCUGUCGUGAUAGUGCGAUUGACUCAACUGGCUCUGGCAGCAUUGCAGUCGAAUAUCAUAACAUGAAAAAGAACUCCCGUUUCUCAUUAGAUUCACUACAGAGCAGCGCCACACCGAAAACGCCUGACUACACUGCGGUCGAAGAUGAGAACAUCUUCUUGUAUACCGCACCUGAAAGUCCCAAACGACGCUUGGAUAGCACAAGUACACGUCACUCUUAUGGUGAUUCAGAACGCUGCUACUCGCCUAUAUCAACGAAGAACUCUUUCGAAAUACAAGACAUCACUGUGCAUAGUGGUCGCAUUUCUGGCGACUUUUCGCCCUCAAAGCUACGCCGUUCAUCAACACGCAGCAACACCUCCAACACUAGUUCGCACUAUAGCCGUACCAAGUCGCUCAUUGAGAGUUCACGUCCGUCCACCUUGAUGACAAACUCCUAUCAUCGCAGUGAAAGCGAGAGUCCGACUUACGCUGGUCGUCCAGCACUCUCGCCCAACGCGCCACCUACACCCGUGCGGCGCGAAAGCCUUUAUGCCAAACCAAAGAUUUAUGCCAUGUACACGCCAACAGUGCCACCAACGCCAACUUCACACUCACGUCCGACUAGUCCAUGCCAGAGUCCGACGAAAUCGCCAUUACGCUCGCUCACAAAUAGCACCACGUAUCAACCACAACUGCCAGCGCUCUCGACGCCGCAACGCAGCACUAGCGCCGAAAUACUCGAACGUUCACACACUAGUCAUUCCCUGAACACCAUUGAUCAGGAUGAUAUGCCAGCAGUGCCCAAUGCCAUGCCCGUGCUGCAGAAUGCCGUCGAUCGUCGUUACCAUACACUGGGCCAUAUGCGCGUUCAAAGCAUGGGCACUGGAUUGUAUCGCUCCUACGAUUCCUCGCCUAUGGGUUCCAUGUUGAACAUGAUGGGUGGCGUUUACUACUCAGCGUAUGCAGGACGUCAACAUCACUCUAUGCUGCAUACGAAUAAAUCAGCUGGGAAUAUCUAUGCAUCUGCAGAUGAUGCAGUAGCAGACCUAAAUCGACUGGCGCCGGAGUACAUUGAUCCGUUGGACUUUAAAAUCGGGUGCCAAACGACGCUGCGCAGUAAACCAGUGAUUCCUUGGUACGAGUUGGCUAUAAAGCGGGAUUUGAAGCGGCAGUCUUGCCCACCGAUUACUGGGAGUGGUUUGACGAACGGCAGUAAUACGCUCAGCAUGAGUCGCAGCACAGACAAUAAGGCUCAUGUGGUUGCCGCCUUUGAGCAGUCACUCUCCAAUAUGACGUCACGCCUUCAGCAUCUGACGGCUACCGCCGAGCGCAAGGAUGGUGAGCUGACCGAUAUGCGUCAAACAAUUGAGCUGUUACGCAAGCAAUCCAUUCAGGCGGGUCUUACAUCUGCGCAUAUGCAAAGCAUGGGCGUGCAAACGCAGCAGAACGAGCAACAACAGCUCGGUCGCACUGCCAUCACACAGCAGCCGAUGUCGAAUCAGAAUGGGGCCAGCAAUGGUACCGCCUCAUCGACGCCUUCGUCUACUGCAACCGGUGUUAUGCAACGUCAUCACAGCUCUGAUUCGAUGUGUUCAUUGAAUUCCAUUAGUUCCGGCUGUUCGACGCAGGACAAAAAGCAAAAGAAGAAGGGUUGGCUGCGCAGCUCCUUCACCAAAGCAUUCUCCCGCAAUGCCAAAAUUUCGAAGACUAGUCGGCACGUCGGUCAUCAUCAUGUAGGAGGCACUGGCAGCAGCAACCCUGGCAUAGGUGUGCAUGCAACGCCUGGAGUGCAUGCCGAAAACAGCGCUGCUUACAACAAAGCUAAUGGCCAUAGCCAUGCCGAUGCUGUUGUAGGUUUGGCCGCCUUGGCUACACAGCCGCCACCACCGCUGCCUACAGCUAAUGCUUCGCCCACCAAAGGUAGUCCAGCUAAGACUGUCACGCUGAUAGACAAUGCGAAGCCGAUCGAUGCAAUCGAUCACGAUGACCAUCAGGUGGUGGAAGACCUCAAGAAACAAUUGCGCGAAAAGGACUUGGUGUUGACCGAUAUACGUUUGGAGGCACUGAGUUCUGCUUCUCAAUUGGAGAGUCUCAAAGAUACGGUGAACAAAAUGCGCGCUGAGAUGAUGUCAUUGAAGCAAAAUAACGAGCGUCUGCAAAAGUUGGUCACCAGCCGUUCAUUAGCUGGCUCUGAAGCGUCGCUGGGUAAUGCGAUUAGCCCGAGCGGUUCUAUCGGCGAAUCACGCCGCUACUCGUUAGCAGAUGGCAAUGCGCGCCCACCAAUGGAGCUGCCAAAACGUUUGGAGGAAGAGGUCGAGGAAGAGAACAUUCCGCCUGCACCAGCACCAGAGCCGCCACCGCCACCACUAAGUCCUGCAACUCAUAUUGAUCUAACGCCACCACCACCCGCACUCAAUACGAUUCCUAGCCCGGCACAUAUUGCAGCCGCGGCAGUUGAGGAGCUGCCCGAUGUCACUGAUGGCAAGAAAAUUGCCAUCGCUUGUUAUCUGGGACAACCCGAGUCCUUUGUCAAGUACUGCGAGGAAAUGCUAGAGGCCGAUGAAUUCUAUGCAAAUGGUGUCGAUGCGGAUGGCAUCAGCGAACGUAAGUCGUUUCCCACGGCCAGUUUGAAUGAGUUUGUCGUCGCAUACACAUACAUCUCGGGCAAGACAACCUGGCAGAAUCUGGACUAUAUUGUGCGGAAAACUUUCAAAGAUUACGUGUCGCGCAUUGAUCCCGGUACCAAUCUGGGUUUGAAUACAGACUCAAUCACAUCUUACCACUUGGGUGAAGCGAAGCGUGGCCCAGAAAUGGGCUUCCCGGAGCUGCUGCCCUGUGGCUACAUCAUUGGCAACGUACGCACGCUGUAUAUCUGUCUGCAAGGUGUAGGCAGCCUAGCCUUUGAUAGCUUGAUACCGCGUAGCAUUGUGCACCGUUACAUCAGCCUGUUAACCGAGCAUCGUCGGUUAAUCUUGUGCGGACCCAGUGGCACAGGUAAAUCCUAUUUAGCCCGUAGAUUGGCGGAGUUUUUGGUGGCACGCUCAGGACGCGGUAAUCCCUCCGAAACGAUUGCAACUUUCAACGUUGACCAUAAAUCUUCAAAGGAGCUGCGUCAGUAUCUCGGCCAUGUGGCCGAACAGGCAGCCAUUGCGAAUGGCGCUUCAGAAUUGCCAUCUGUGAUCAUUCUGGAUAAUCUGCAUCACGCGUCAGCUUUGGGCGAUGUCUUCUCCUGCUUGCUAAGCGCUGGUCCUGCUGGAAAGCUGCCAUGCAUAAUUGGCACCAUGUCGCAGGCCACGUGCAACACAACCAAUCUGCAGUUGCAUCAUAACUUCCGAUGGGUACUCACUGCCAACCACAUGGAACCGGUAAAAGGUUUCCUUGGCCGCUUUCUACGUCGCCGUCUAUUUCAGCUGGAACUGCAGACUGGCCACCCUCAGCCCGAAUUGUCAACUGUUCUGGCUUGGUUGCCCAGCGUGUGGCAGCAUAUAAAUCGAUUUUUGGAGGCGCACAGCUCCAGCGAUGUAACAAUCGGACCGCGACUCUUUCUCGCCUGUCCAUUGGACUUGAAGGACUCACAAGUGUGGUUCACUGACAUUUGGAAUUAUCAUCUCUCACCAUAUCUGGUUGAGGCAGUGCGCGAGGGUGUACAAUUGUAUGGACGACGCGGUGGCGCAUGGAAUGAUCCAUCGAUUUUCAUACGCAACUCCUAUCCAUGGCCAUAUGGUCCGGAUUCGGUGCCACCAUUGCGGCAAAUAAACGCAGAAGAUGUAGGACUAGAAGGUGUGGCGGCUAGCAAUGGCGACAAUCCAGAUCCAUUGUUAAAUAUGCUCAUGCGCCUACAGGAGGCAGCUAACUACUCGGAGAAUCAAGAUCAGGAGUCCGACUGUGCGAGUUUAGACUCAAAUGUGACACCAGACAGUUCGGCGGGCGCUGAGUAAUCACCCAAAGUGGUGUUGCUGGCCGAAGUGACUACAAUGACGAGCAGCGGCGGGCUUUAGGCCCAAAGUAAAACUAAUCAAAUACUAAAUACCUACUUACCUAUCUAUCUUGAUACUGCAAACUAUGUACACUUAAUCGCUUAAAAUCAAACAUUCAUGUGCAUGGCUUGUAUAUUUGUAAGUGCUGUUAUGUGCGUACUUGCCGGCUUAAAUGGCAGUAUACAAAUUUUGUAAAUUAUUGAAAGUAAUGCGACAUUUGUUUAGGGAACGCAAAACUAAUUUUAGUUGCAAUUUAGGUAUUCAAAGUAAAAGUUUUUUGUGUAAAAAAUAUUUUACAAUUAAUCAAAUUAUUAAGUGCCAAGUCCUUUUGGCAAUGAAGUGUGAACGAGCAGGUUAAAGGGGUUUAUUUUAUAUUAUUUUCUCACUAUAUCCAGUUAGUAAUUUAUUGAAAUAGUUUUUUCCAAAAUGGAUGAGUCAUGACUAAGUUGCUGUUGAGUUAUCUUUUCUCCGAUUAUUUUCAAAAGCUCUGCGCAUUUGGUUGAAAAGUCAGUCAAGUCAUCAUUUUUCUAACUCACCUCAAUGCUAUAUAAAAUCCAAAUCGAAGCUGUAGAGUGUUCAUAAUAAAUUAAUCAGGACUUUUAUGGACAGAUUCAUGAGCAAAAUUGUAUGUAUGGAGCAAAAUUGUUAUGGUAUUGAUGGUCAUUCCAUUCGAAUUUCUUAAUGCCGCGUACAUUGCGACCUGAAAUUCUUCGGUUUCACGGCAGUCAAUACUACAUUACCAGACCCGAAUUUAUAAACGACCAAGGACUCUCACUCUAGCAACAUUGCCCAUACAUUUGAGAGGAAAGUUUAUGUAUGCUGCUACAACAACAGCACCAAUAACGAAAUUCUUGCAUCGCCCAAAUAUGAAAUAUAAAAUAAAAUUUUCAGAAGUAAAAAAUAUGAACACAAAGAAAAAUUAAAGAGCAUAUGAAAAGAACACUCCCGAUUAGAAUUGCACUCCAUUACAAAGAUUUGAUUGAUUGAUUUUUCUUGAAAUAGACAUUUAUCUUCUUGAUUUUUUUUGUUAUAUUUUUAUUGGUAGGGCCAAAUAUUAAAUUUUAUUUUAUUUCCUAAAAUAAUUGAAAUGCUUGUAGAGCGCGGAUAUGAAAUAGAAAAAACAAUUCUCAAGAACAAAUAUUAAAAAAAUUUAAACACCACUUUAAAAACAAUAUUUCCUGUACAAAGAUGAAAAUAUUUUCACAUCAACA